CUCAAACCUCAGAAAUCUCCCCAUAUUUUGGCAUAAUAUAAUGUCAUUCAUAUUAGGGUUUUGAGGAAUUCUCUUAUUUUUCACUGGUGAUAGUUGCAGCUUGAGACUUUUCACGCCUCUUUGUAUCAUCUUCCUCCCCCAAUCUCAAGCGCAGCCAUGAUUAUCCCAGAGAAGAAUCGUAAGGAAAUCUGCAAAUACCUCUUCCAAGAGGGUGUGUGCUAUGCUAAGAAGGACUUCAACCUUGCAAAACACCCGGAUAUUGAUGUCCCAAAUCUACAAGUGAUUAAGCUCAUGCAGAGCUUUAAGUCAAAGGAGUAUGUCCGUGAGACCUUUGCCUGGAUGCACUAUUACUGGUACUUGACGAAUGAUGGUAUUGAGUUCUUGAGAACUUACCUUAACCUUCCAUCCGAAAUUGUUCCUGCUACCUUGAAGAAGCAGAUGAAACCUGCUGGUCGUUCCAUGGGACCUCCCGGUGAUCGUCCACGUGGCCCACCCAGAUUCGAUGGUGACAGACCAAGAUUUGGCGACCGUGAGGGUUACCGUUCAGGUCCUCGUGGACCAGCUGGUGAAUUUGGUGGUGAGAAGGGUGGAGCUCCAGCUGACUACCAGCCUUCAUUUAGUGCCGGAGGAAGGAGACCUGGCUUCGGUCGUGGUGCUGGAGGAUUCGGUGGUGGUGCCCCCGGUGCUCCUGGUGCACCUGGUGCUUCAGGUUCCUUUGCUUAAGAUGAAAACGGGACUUAUGGCGCUGAUGGUUGGAUCGACUAGUAGUGGAUUUUUUCUUUAGGCUAUAUGAGCACAAUUUCAAACGUUUUUAGAGGGCAUGUCGUUUGUUUUGUAACUUGGUCUUUAUUUUCAAUGUAAACUACAAGAGCUAGUAGUAAUUUUGACUAUUAGCAUUUUCUUUUUGAAAUAUCUCAACUCUUCUCCUUCUAAAGAGACUCUAUUAAUUUUGUUA